AUGGCAGCGGCGGCGGCAUUGGCGGCGGCGGAGGUCGACAUCGUGAUCCCGACGAUUCGUAGCCUCGACUUCUUAGAAAUGUGGCGGCCGUUCUUCCUUCCGUACCAUUUGAUCAUCAUCCAAGACGGCGAUCCGAGCCGUACGAUCAAGGUGCCCGAGGGAUUCGACUGCGAGCUCUACAAUCGUAACGACAUAGAGAGGAUCUUGGGAUCGAAGGCGUGGAUCAUAUCGUUUAAGGACUCGUCGUGCCGCAACUUUGGCUUUCUCAUCUCGAAGAAAAAGUAUAUCUACACGAUCGACGACGAUUGCUUUGUGGCUAAGGAUCCGAAGGGGAAUGAUAUCGACGCGAUAACGCAACACGUGCGGAACCUCGAGACUCCGUCGACACCGUUCUUCUUCAACACUUUGUACGACCCGUACCGCGACGGCGCUGACUUUGUCCGUGGCUAUCCCUUUAGUCUCCGCGAGGGUGUCCCGACGGCCGUCUCGCACGGUUUGUGGCUCAACAUCCCCGACUACGAUGCCCCCACGCAGCUUGUCAAGCCUCUAGAAAGGAACACUAGGUACGUUGACGCCGUGAUGACUAUUCCUAGGGGAACUCUAUUCCCGAUGUGCGGAAUGAACUUAGCGUUCAACCGUGAGCUCAUCGGCCCGGCUAUAUAUUUUGGGCUUCAAGGCGAGGGUCAACCCAUUGCACGAUACGACGAUAUGUGGGCUGGUUGGUGCGUUAAGGUGGUGGCUGAUCAUUUAGGGGUCGGGGUGAAGACGGGGCUCCCGUACAUAUGGCAUAGCAAGGCGAGCAAUCCGUUCAUGAACUUGAAACUCGAGUUCACGGGGCUCUUUUGGCAAGAGGAUCUCAUCCCGUUUUUCCAAUCCGUGAAACUCCCGAAAGAAUGUGUCACUGCGCAACAAUGCUACGUCGAGCUCGCCAAGUUGGUGAGGGAGAAGCUUAGCCAUAUUCAUUCCUACUUUGAGAAGCUCGCCGACGCUAUGGUCACUUGGAUCGGGCUUUGGGACGAGUUUAAUUCAAACAAGGCGGGUGGAGCCGGGCUCGCCGCGUCGUCUUAG